GUGCAAUCCAACUUAUCUAUAUGGAUAUCUCAUAAAUUCUAGUUGCCAGGUAGAAUUAAUAACCUUACCAACUACUCAAAUACCUACCUACAUAAUCCCGAAUCUUCCACCGCAUUCAAAUAGAUCUUGACGCGUAUAGUCAGCUACGUAGCCAGAAAUCUCGUCUUUCUCCCCUCUACAGCUCAUCUUGCGAACAAUCUAAUCUCUAGACGAAUAUCGGCCCAGCUUCAUCCGUUUGCCAUCCUACCGCCCGACUUUCGGGCAAGGGCAGCGAAUUCCCCUUCCUCAGCUGCGACUAUCUUUGGCCGCAUUUCCCGCGUCCUCCACGCGUGCAAGACCACACCUUGAUCAUCUCGAGCGAACGGUAACGCUCCACGGCCGAUCAUCAUGUCUUCAGCUGGCGGGAUCCCGACGGACGCACCGAGCGGAACCGGGAGCUCUGCCGCGUCCGGGCCAAACCGCGGCCGAGGCGACCGUAAUGCUAGGGGCAGAGGCAGAGGUCGCGGACGAGGAGACUCGGGUGCGAGAGGGAGAGGCCAGGGACGGUCGCAGCGCGGGAGAGGUAGGGGUGGCCAUGCGCCGGCCGCUUCGUCCUCUUCAUCCGCCGAUCCUCUUCAACCGGCACACUCAGACCCAAGCAAGCCGGAACAAAAUCUGCCGCAGCCUCGCUUACCGAGAAAGACUAUGGAUCCCGACGGAGGCGAGGAGGACGUGGAGGCCGAGGUGUGCUUCAUCUGCGCGAGCCCCGUCAUCCACCAGUCGGUCGCUCCCUGCAACCACAGGACAUGCCACAUAUGCGCCCUACGCAUGCGGGCAUUAUACAAGAAUAAAGAGUGCGCGCACUGCAGAACGCUCGCCCCGUUUGUCCUAUUCACAGACGACGCAGUGAAGCGAUACCAGGACUAUUCCGACGCCGACGUCACCAGCGCCGACGAUAAUAUCGGUAUCCGGUACACGAACGAGGACAUCGUCGGAGACACCGUCCUCCUACUGCGCUACAACUGCCCCGACGACUCGUGCGACUUUGCCGGCCUCGGCUGGCCCGACCUGCACCGGCACGUCCGCAGCGCGCACCAAAAGAAGAUGUGCGACUUAUGUACGAGGAAUAAGAAGGUCUUCACCCACGAGCACGACUUGUUCACGGACAAGGAACUGGAGAAGCACAUGCGACACGGAGACGAUCGUCCCGGCGCCGUAGACCAGACGGGCUUCAAGGGCCAUCCGCUGUGCGCCUUCUGCGGCCAGCGAUUCUACGACGACGACAAGCUCUACGAGCACUGCCGAAGCAAGCACGAGAGAUGCUUCAUCUGCGACCGCCAAGAUCCUCGACAGCCUCACUACUAUCGGGAUUAUAACGCGCUGGAGGAACACUUCAAAAAUGAUCACUUUCUGUGCCUCGAUCGCGAGUGCCUCGACAAGAAGUUCGUCGUCUUCAGUUCCGAGAUGGAUCUCAAAGCGCAUCAGCUCAGCGAACACGCGAACUCGCUGUCUAAAGACGUGAGGCGCGACGCCCGCCUAGUCGACCUUUCGAGCUUCGACUAUCGACAACCGUACCAACAAGAAAGACGCGGCGGCGGAUCCGGCCGAGACCGAGACAGGGACAGGGACAGGGACCGAGACGGCGAUAGGGAGAGAGACAGGGAUAGGCGAGGAAGGGGUCGCGAUCCGAACGCGGAACCGCUCCCGGUCAGCUCGGCGCAACCUCUUCGACGCGACGAGCUCGCUUUCCAAAGACAGAUGGCCGUGCACUCUUCGCAAUCCGUCUCCAACCGAACCUUCGGCGGUCAAUUGUCAGCACCUUCGUCGUCGAGCGUCGCCGGGCCGCCCGCUCAGACAGCUCAGCGCGCUUCCGGUAGCUCCACGCCCGGUCCUUCAGUCCCCGUUCCCGAGAUGGAGGGACUAAGCCUCGCGGAUCCGAACCUCACACCGGAAGACCGCGCCCGCCUCCUGCGUCAUUCUGCCGUGAUAGAGCGGGCCUCGAACCUCCUACACAACGACCGGGACAAGAUCGCCUCCUUCCGAAGUCACAUAUCCUCCUUCAGACAGGACAAGAUGUCGGCCGCGGCUCUCGUCGACGCCUUGUUCUCGCUGUUCUCGGACACGUCUUCAUCGGCCUUGGGCACGCUCGUCCGAGAGACGGCCGACCUCUUCGACGACAAGAAGAAGGGCGACAGGUUAAGGAAUGCGUGGAACGACUGGAGAGCGAUCAACGAAGAUUAUCCGACGUUACCCGGCCUGAGCGGCAUGCACGGCGCCACAACCUCUAACACGGGAUGGGCAGCCGCCGCGGCCAGCUCUCCGGUCGCGGCAGCGGCGGCACCGUCCCAGAGGCACACCACGCGCGUUCUUAAGCUGAAAAGCUCUACCCAACAAUCGCGGCGCUCGAGCGCGGCGCAGUCGUCGACCAUGUUCCCGAGCGCGAGCUCUUCUCGAAACCCGCCGCCACCGCCCGCGGCCUCUUUUCCCGCCCUGCCGCCUAGCAAUCCCAACGCCGGCGGAGCGACGCGGCCUCCGACGACGGCUCUCUGGGGUUCCAGCGGGGGAGCUCAAACCCAGCCCAGACCCGCGAGACCCGCUAACAGAGACGAAGCGUUUCCGGCACUUCCCGCGGCGCCCAAGCCCACGACCACCAUCUUCGGCUACGGGACCGGCAGCGUACGGAGAGACGCCGGGACUUCAAGAGGCACCGGGUUCUCGUGGGGAUCGUCGAACGGGCCCGAGGCCUCCGGGGACAACGCGGAAGAAGACAAGGGCGACGCGCCCGGAAAGGGGAAGAAGGGCAAUAAAGGUAGAAAGAAAGUUCUGGUUCAGUGGGGUUGACGAUACGUAAACGACAUCAAAAACGACGCUCCGAGGAACGGCUCGCAUGUUUUAGUAGUAUCCAUAAAACUGGCAAAUCAUGGCUAACCCGCUCAUACAUAAGUUCACAUGAGAACCGGAAGAUGCGGAGUAUGCGCCUCCGAGGUUACCAGGUGUUUACUUCGACAACAGCGAACAUUCGAAGGCCUCGCGUAUCGAAUUCUAACCGAAUUACUUCAAUAGCUUCACAUGUUCCUCCCAUGU